AUGUCGACAUCAUCUCUCACAGACCGGACACGUACAACAUCCGGGUCUGCCUUUACUCGUGCAGAACUUACACGUCGUUUAACACGACAAGUUUACAUCGGAGUGAUGGAAGUAACACCUGACGCCGUCGGAAUAAAUAAAUCCAGUCUCGGGCAAUGUACGGUCGGGGUAAAAGUACGGCCGCUUACACUUGACUCGGAUCGCAAUGGUGGACAGCGCACAUGGCAGGAAUGGCGUACGGUUCAGAGACUUUUGGCGCUUGAGCGUGAAGCUGACAAUUAUUUACUUCGAGCGUCAUCCGCACUUAGCAGGAACAAUAGCAACGUCGCUGGUCGCAGUGUCUUAGCUGGUCGGCGCCACAUUGUUCGUUACUACGCUGCGAGCGUUGGGAGCGAAUCCUUUCGUCUUAUAAUGGAAUACUGUCCUGGUGGUGAUUUACUCUCGCAGUUAAUUACUCGAGGGGCAUUAGGACCUCAGCCAUCACAACGCAUCUCACAACAGGAAGCACGUCGCUGGGUUUUACAGCUAGCACGUGGUUUACGAUACUUGCAUGCAUGCGGUAUUGCCCAUAGAGACUUGUGUCCUGAGAAUAUUCUCAUUAGUAGAACGGGCGACGUCAAGAUUUGUAACUUUGGGGCUAGUACUACACGAGCAGCAGAACUUUCACGUGAUCGCGUAGCUGGUAAUUUACACUAUACAGCUCCUGAAGCCGUGAGUGGUACGUGGUAUGAUCCCGUGCGUGCCGACGUUUGGUCACUGGGUGCGGUAUUCUUCGUUUUAUUGACGGGAUCACCGCUUCUACGACUUCCAUUCCCAGAGUGCCGUGGUUUUGAACUUGUCAAAACUGUGGGAUGUCGAGGUGUGCUGAAGCUCUGGAAUAUGGACAAUCUCUUUUCUGCUGCAACGUUGGAUCUACUUGCACGAAUGCUCGUGGUAGAUCCAAGCAAGCGACUUAAGAGUAUGAAAGAAGUAUUGGAGCACCCUGCAAUGCUAGCUACAGCUUACACUGAGCAUAGCCUUAUUGCAGUUUGA